AUGGAUGGCAUUGUGGUGAACAGCGCCAUCAGGGCCUGUGAACAGGCAGCUCAAUGGACGAUCGCUUUGCAUUUGCUGCAACGGUUGGUGCGAGGUCUUGCUCCUCCGCAGGUGGCCUCAUUCAACACCGCAGCAGCAGCCUGUGCCAGCGCCAUGCAAUGGCAGCGCAGCUUGUGGCUCAUUUUUGAAGAGCUGCCGCACAAAAUGAAGGAGCAGCCAAACAUGAUCUCGUUCAACGUGGCCAUCUCUGCUUGUGAGAAGGGCUCCAAGUGGGCCACAGCUUUGGCUUUGAUGGAGGCGAUGACUCGCCGGCAGCUGGAAACCACAGUGAGCAGCUAUGGCGCGCUGGCAGCGAGCUAUGAAAAGGCAGCCAAGGGCUUGCAAGCCCUGCGGCUGUUGGAGAGGAUGCGGAAAGCCGACCCUUUGCUGAAACUGGAUGAAAGUGGUCAAUGCUGGGUGAGGGUGAAGAGUCAAAUGGUUUCAGUAGGGCCUUCUACACGUCACAAUUGUACCCAGCAGUUGAACGUGGGCCUGGGAUGGCCCGGGAUCACCAAACCAAACAGGUUGGGUGGAGUAGGACUGGCCGUUUCAAGAUGA